AUGAGAUUCGAAAGUGAUGAAAUAGUUGCAGAUGAUGAUGGUUUUGUAGAAGUUAGAAAAGGCAAGAAAAGGCUUCCAAGGCGACUAUCUGAAAAAAAUGCUGAAAAUGAACAGGAACAUAAUAAAGAGUUCGAAAAUACUGAGAAAAUUAUCGUGAGUGUCACGUCCAAGGAAAUUCUACCCAAACAAUUUGGUUUAGCAAAAAAAUUAAGAGCGGAAAAUAUUGAUAAUAUCCUGAAAAUAACUUAUAAGAAUCCCUACAAAGUAUUAAUAGAAUUUGAAGAUAAAACAAAUGCACAGAAGUUAGUAAAUUGUGAAAGCUUUCAUGGUUUGGGUUAUAGAUGUCUAUUCACGAAUGAAAGAAUUUUAUGUUACGGGGUUGUAAAGAAUAUAGAUUUGGAUAUAGAAGACAAAGAGUUUCAGGAUAGCUUAGAAUGUGAGCACCAAGUAGUUUCCGUCAGACGUUUAAAAAGGUUAACUGACACAGGAGGAUGGAUAAACAGUGAGACUGUACGUAUAUGUUUAAGGUCCGUAUUUACCCCCAUAUGUCUAUAUAUAUAUGGGUACAGGUUUAAGGUGGAACCAUACACCUUUCCGGUGACACAAUGCUCAGCAUGCUGGCGUUAUGCUCACCCAUUAAAAAUAUGUCCAACAAAAAAUAAUUUGUGUCCCAAGUGUGGUAAAGAACACGCUAACUGCGAAACUAAAGAGUAUAAAUGUUUAAAUUGUAAAGGAGCACACAUGGCGCUAGAUAAAUCCUGCCCUAUUUUCUUAAAAGAAAAGGCGAACAUAAUGUGUCAAGAAAAUUGUACGUACGGGAAAGCAUUGUGUCAAUUUAUAUAAACAAAGCUAGAACAACAAGGGAGCUUAAUAAUGUGUUUCAACUCAACUCAAAUAAAGCGACAAAUAGCAUUUCUCACACUGAUGAUUCUAAUAAAAAGAGUUUUAGAGAUGUGCUUAUGACAAACACACCGAACAGAACAGCAAAAAACAAC